GGCUCCGCAGCCAGAGACAUCUCACUUCAGGGUCCAGGCUUGGCUCCAGAGCACUGCUACAUCGAGAACCUGCGGGGUACCCUUACCCUCUAUCCUUGUGGCAAUGCCUGCACUAUUGAUGGGCUCCCCAUCCGGCAGCCUACCCGGCUCACUCAGGGCUGCAUGUUGUGCCUGGGUCAGUCCACCUUCCUCCGCUUUAACCACCCUGCUGAAGCCAAGUGGAUGAAGAGCAUGAUUCCAGCAGGGGGCCGGGCUCCUGGGCCCCCCUACAACCCUGGCUCUGCUGAAUCAGAAAGUCUGGUGAAUGGGAACCACACCCCACAGCCUGCGACCCGGGGACCCCCAGCUUGUGCCAGCCACAGUUCUUUAGUGAGCUCCAUUGAGAAGGACCUGCAGGAAAUCAUGGACUCACUGGUGCUAGAGGAACCUGGAGCUGCUGGCAAGAAGCCUGCUGCAACCUCCCCAUUGUCGCCAAUGGCUAAUGGUGGCCGCUACCUGCUGUCCCCUCCAACCAGUCCUGGGGCCAUGUCUGUGGGCUCCAGCUAUGAGAACACCUCUCCAGCCUUCUCUCCACUCUCUUCACCAGCCAGCAGUGGGAGCUGUGCCAGCCAUUCACCCAGUGGGCAGGAGCCAGGACUGUCUUCUGUACCCCCGCUGGUGCCUGCUCGCUCAUCCAGCUACCAUUUGGCCCUGCAGCCCCCACAGUCCCGCCCAAGUGGUGCCCGCUCCUCUGAGAGUCCCCGGCUGGGUAGAAAAGGAGGUCAUGAGAGGCCUCCCAGCCCUGGCCUCCGGGGGCUAUUGACUGAUAGCCCUUCAGCCACGGUCUUGGCAGAAGCCCGCAAAGCCACUGAGAGCCCCCGACUGGGAGGGCAGCUGCCUGUGGUAGCUAUCAGCCUGAGUGAAUACCCAGCUGCCGGUGCCCGCAGCCAACCCACCAGCAUUCCUGGCAGCCCCAAGUUCCAGUCUCCAGUUCCUGCUCCUCGCAACAAGAUUAGCACACUCCAGGACCGCCCUCCAAGCCCUUUCCGUGACCCUCCCGGCACGGAGAGGGUAUUGACAACGAGUCCCUCUCGCCAACUGGUGGGCCGAACAUUUUCAGAUGGGUCAGCCACCCGCACCCUGCAGCCUCCUGAGAGUCCCCGCCUGGGUCGGCGGGGCCUGGACAGUAUGCGAGAACUCCCUCCCUUGAGCCCGUCUCUGUCCCGACGAGCUCUCUCCCCACUGCCUGCUCGGACCACCCCAGAUCCCAAGCUCACCAGGGAGGUAGCAGACAGUCCACGGCCCCGGCGGUGGGCAGCCCAUGGAGCUUCACCGGAGGACUUCUCCCUGACUUUGGGGACACGAGGCCGCAGAACACGGAGUCCCUCACCUACCCUGGGGGAGUCCUUGGCACCUCGCAAGGGCAGCUUCAGUGGCAGGCUGAGCCCAGCCUAUAGUCUGGGUUCUCUUACUGGGGCUUCGCCACGCCAGAGCCCUCAUGCCCAGAGGAAGCUCUCCAGUGGGGACUUGCGGGUACCUGUCAUUAGGGAAAGGAAAAAUAGCAUCACAGAGAUCAGUGACAAUGAAGAUGACCUCCUGGAGUACCACCGGCGGCAGCGCCAAGAGCGGCUCCGGGAGCAGGAGAUGGAGAGGCUGGAGCGCCAGCGCUUGGAGACCAUCCUGAACCUGUGUGCUGAGUACAGCCGGGCUGAUGGGGGACCAGAGGCCGGGGAGCUGCCCAGCAUUGGGGAGGCCACUGCAGCUUUGGCACUGGCAGGUCGGAGGCCCUCACGAGGCUUUGCCGGGGCCAUUGUGGCCUCUGGACGGAGCAGCGAGGAGCCCGGAAGUGCUGCCCAACGCCUGUGGGAGAGCGUGGAGCGCUCAGAUGAAGAAAAUCUCAAGGAGGAGUGCAGUAGCACAGAGAGCACCCAGCAGGAGCAUGAAGAUGCACCUAGCACCAAGCUCCAAGGAGAGCUGCUAGCCCUAGAAGAGGAGCGGGCUCAGGUGUUGGGGCGUGUGGAGCAGCUCAAGGUCCACGUGAAGGAACUAGAGCAGCAGCUACAAGAAGCGGCCAGAGAGGCCGAAAUGGAGAGGGCGCUGCUGCAGGGGGAGAGGGAAGCAGAGCGGGCACUGCUGCAGAAGGAGCAAAAGGCAGUGGACCAACUACAGGAGAAGCUGGUGGCCUUGGAGACUGGCAUCCAGAAGGAGAGAGACAAGGAGAGGGCGGAGCUGGCCGCGGGACGGAGGCACCUGGAGGCCCGCCAGGCGCUCUACGCCGAGCUCCAGACGCAGCUCGAUAACUGCCCCGAGUCAGUGCGGGAACAGUUACAGGAGCAGCUGAGAAGGGAGGCAGAGGCCCUGGAGACGGAGACAAAGCUCUUUGAAGACUUGGAGUUCCAGCAGCUGGAGCGCGAGAGCCGCGUGGAGGAGGAGCGCGAGUUGGCGGGCCAGGGGCUGCUGCGGAGCAAGGCCGAGCUGCUGCGCAGUGUCGCCCAGAGGAAGGAGCGCCUGGCCGUCCUGGACAGUCAAGCUGGGCAGAUCCGGGCCCAGGCUGUGCAGGAGUCGGAGCGCCUGGCCCGGGACAAGAAUGCAUCCCUGCAGCUGCUGCAGAAGGAAAAGGAGAAACUGACUGUGCUGGAAAGAAGGUACCACUCACUCACGGGGGGCAGGCCUUUCCCGAAGACCACCUCGACCCUCAAAGAGGUUUACCGUUCCAAGAUGGAUGGUGAGGCCACCAGUCCCCUGCCCCGGACUCGCAGUGGCCCCCUCCCCUCCUCUUCUGGCUCUUCCUCCUCGUCCUCACAGCUCAGCGUGGCUACUCUGGGCCGUAGCCCUUCUCCAAAGAGUGCUCUGCUCACCCAGAAUGGCACUGGCAGCCUUCCCCGCAACCUGGCAGCCACAUUGCAGGACAUUGAGACCAAGCGCCAACUGGCUCUGCAGCAGAAGGGGCAGCAGGUGAUCGAGGAGCAGCGGCGGCGGCUGGCUGAGCUGAAGCAGAAAGCGGCGGCGGAGGCGCAGUGCCAGUGGGAUGCCCUGCAUGGGGCAGUGCCCUUCCAGGCAGGCCCCUCGGGCUACCCCCCACUCAUGCACCACUCCAUCCUGCACCACCUGCCAGCCGGGCGGGAGCGUGGGGACGAGUGUGAGCACGCUUAUGACACACUGAGCCUGGAGAGCUCGGACAGCAUGGAGACCAGCAUCUCCACUGGGGGCAAUUCGGCCUGUUCUCCUGACAACAUGUCCAGUGCCAGUGGUCUGGACGCGGGCAAGAUUGAGGAGAUGGAGAAGAUGCUAAAAGAAGCUCAUGCAGAGAAGAGCCGGCUCAUGGAGUCUAGGGAGAGGGAGAUGGAGCUGCGCAGGCAGGCCCUGGAGGAGGAGCGGCGGAGGCGGGAACAGGUGGAACGGAGGCUGCAGAGUGAGAGCGCUCGGAGGCAGCAGCUGGUGGAGAAGGAGGUCAAGAUGCGGGAGAAACAGUUUUCUCAGGCACGGCCCCUGACCCGCUACCUGCCUAUCCGGAAGGAGGACUUUGACCUGAAGACCCACAUCGAGUCAUCAGGCCAUGGUGUGGAUACCUGCUUGCAUGUGGUGCUCAGCAGUAAGGUCUGCCGUGGCUACUUGGUCAAGAUGGGUGGAAAGAUUAAAUCCUGGAAGAAGCGCUGGUUUGUCUUUGACCGGCUCAAGCGCACCCUUUCCUACUAUGUGGACAAGCAUGAGACGAAGCUGAAGGGGGUCAUCUACUUCCAGGCCAUCGAGGAAGUGUACUAUGACCACCUGCGCAGUGCAGCCAAGAGCCCGAACCCAGCCCUCACCUUCUGCGUGAAGACCCAUGACCGACUGUACUACAUGGUGGCCCCGUCUGCGGAGGCCAUGCGCAUCUGGAUGGAUGUCAUCGUCACAGGGGCUGAGGGCUACACUCAGUUUAUGAACUGACUGCCGUGGCCUCCGGGACCCUCAGGCUGGCCCCAGGACCCACGCCAGCCUCUUGCUGCUCUGCUGGCCCCUGUGGGCUGCUGCACAGCCGGCGCCAGCCCUCACAGGAGCAGGAUGUAACGGAGCGGCCAGGGCCUUUGUGCAAGAAGACUUUGUGGUACUCUGUAGGGAUUCAGUCCUAUGAGUUUCUGGGCUCAGAAGAGGAAGGUGGGAGGGGACUUGCUGCCUCCUGGGAGCCCAGAACUCGCAGUUCCUGUUCAGAAUGCUGCCCGGUGCCCGGCCCACACCGUGGAGGAACUGCCACAGAGGCUCAAUCUGACCUGCUCUCCCCAGUCUGUUUUCUCUUUGUAAAGGACUAAUUAUGGUACCAGAUUCUGCCAAAGAUCCUCUUGCCUCCGCCCUGCAGGGCCUUGGGGCCGAGCAGAGCCACCCCGUGGGGCACCAGCGCAGGCAGCGCACUGCUCCAGCGCCCUCUGCCUCACUGUCUCCCUCGUUUCUGUUUUUAAUUUGCUUGAGGGACAGACACUUCAAGUGUCACCCUUGAGGUUCCAGCCCCAUUCCCUGGUUGGAGAACCAUCACCAUGAUCUCCAUGGUGAUCGCUUCAUUGUCAUGGUUACAUACUAACUGCAGCGGCUCCAUGGCUGAGCCCACUGCUCAGUGAUGGGCCAUCUGAGGGUACGCGCCAUCAUCUCUCCAGCCCAGGCGCGGGGUAAUCUCAUGCAGGGGGAAAGGACUGAGCACCUCCCCGCCCCCUGCCUGUGUCUAGUCCCCAGACGUGCAGCCUGCGGCACCCCACGCCAGCCCUCUCCCUUCACUCGUGCCUUGCCUAGAGCCAGAAGGGAUGAUGCAGGAGAUCUGUGACCAGAGGGACAGCCAGCACCUGGGAGAGGAAGCCAAAGGGUGUCCUCUGGGUCCUACAGGGUUGAGUUCCGGACAGGAAGGGGGGUGGCUCAGAGUUCUCAGAGGGAAGGACUGGGCAGGAGGGAGCCACAGAGGGACUGGCCUGAGCUCCACUGCCCACCCUUCAGCCUCCUAAGGAUGAUGGAAAAGGGGAGUGGAGGACCAGCCUCCAGCUGUCUGGCCUCAGCCCUUUGCCGCCUUAACACUAAGCCCACCUCCCCUGCCCUCCUCCCCAGCCCCGGGUCCCUGUGGCCUGGGCCAGGCUGGGUGUUUUUCAGUAUUGGUAAGCAUUUACAAAUAAGCAGAACAAUAAAGCAU